CCUUGGAUCCUUGUCUAGAGAAUGCUCCUUGUGUCAAUGCUACUUUGGGAUACUACUGUCAAUGUCCAGUUGUUCCUGUUUCAACAUCAGCUGAAACUGUUUACUCUGGACAGAACUGUGAUGAAUCAUAUAUUGGGAGCGCUGGAUGCAAUAUGAAUUAUUACGACAGUGAAGGGAAUAUCACGAGUCCCGGUUACCCAAAUGUUUACCAAGUUCGUCAAGAUUGCUACUCUCAUCUGAAAAUCGCAGAUGCAACACAAAUCACGCUCAUCCUAGAGGAAUUCGAUUUAGAACCACCGCUCAUGGAUUCCCUCCUUUUUGGAAAAGGUCCCAAAAUCUAUGAAAUAGAUCCCAAUCAACCGGACAUUUAUGAACUUGGUGGAAACCGCACAAGCUUACCUCUGAGCGAAAGGACAUAUGUAUUCAACGACACAAACCAAAUCUUCUUCUUCUUCUACUCGGACAAAAACGUAGCCCAUCCGGGUUAUCGCAUUUCUUAUACGGCUGAUAUUAACGAGUGUCUUUCCAACCCUUGUAAGAACGGAGGUACAUGUACAGAUGAAACUAACAUGUACACAUGUACAUGUGAAGCAGGAUACACGGGCGACGAAUGUCAAACAAACAUCAACGAGUGUAUGAGUACACCGUGUCAAAAUGGUGGUAAUUGCGUGGACGGGAUCAACGAAUACUUCUGUGUCUGCUAUAACACCGGGUUCGACGGAACCCAAUGCCAAAACAAUAUUGACGAAUGUGGUUCUCAGCCCUGCCAGAACGACGGAACGUGUUUAGAUGAAACUAACAUGUACACAUGUAUCUGUGCAGCAGGAUACACGGGCGAUCACUGUGAAAGAGAUAUUAACGAGUGUCUUUCCAACCCUUGUGAGAACGAAGGUACGUGUACCGAUCAGAGUGCAAUGUACACAUGUACCUGUGCAGCAGGAUAUGAGGGCGACAAUUGUGAAACGAACAUCAACGAGUGUAUGAGUGCACCGUGUCAAAAUGGUGGUGUUUGCGUGGACGGGGUCAACAAUUAUUAUUUCUGCUUAUGCACAGGCACCGGUUUCGACGGAACCCACUGCGAAAACAAUAUUGAUGACUGUGUUAAUGGCCCGUGUUUGAAUGGCGGAGCAUGUAUGGAUGGGAUCAAUGAUUACAGUUGUACUUGCGAGCCUGGAUUCGUCGGAGAAAACUGUCAAAUAAGUAACGCGUGCUUGUCUUGUAACAACCCCACUCUUCUCUUAUAUUUUCACUAUCAAAUAGACUUCAACGAGUGUGGAAGCUUACCGUGUCUUAACGGCGCAACAUGCAUGGAUGGAAUCAACAGCUACACGUGUGACUGUAUGGAUGGAUGGACCGGUCCUUUAUGUGAAUACAACAUCAACGAGUGUAUGAGUGCACCGUGUCAAAAUGGUGGUGUUUGCGUGGACGGGGUCAACAGUAAUUAUUUCUGCUUAUGCACAGGCACCGGUUUCGACGGAACCCACUGCGAAAACAACUUCAACGAGUGUGGAAGCACACCCUGUCAGAACAACGGAAUAUGCAUGGAUGGAAUCAACAGCUACAGGUGUGACUGUAUGGAUGGAUGGACCGGUCCUUUAUGUGAAUACAACAUUGACGAAUGUGCUAGUACUCCUUGUUCUAAUGGUGGAACGUGUUUUGACGGAAUUAACGAAUUCAGCUGCCAGUGUGCUCCUGGGUGGACCAAUCUUACGUGUGAAACUAAUAUCGAUGAGUGCGCGAGUGGCCCAUGUCAAAAUGGCGGUACGUGCGACGAUGAGGUAAACGGCUACACAUGCAUGUGUCCCGUAGGUACAAAUGGUACAAACUGCGAGGCACUUGGGGACGCCUGUAUGAGUGACCCUUGCGAAAACGGAUCUACCUGCGUCAAUUUCGGAGCUGACUUCAUCUGUCUAUGCGCACCGGGCUUUGAAGGGGAUCUUUGUGACUUGGAUAUUGACGAAUGUGCUAGUGACCCUUGUUCUAAUGGUGGGACGUGUACUCAUGGAUUCAACGAAUUCAGCUGCCAGUGUGCUCCUGGAUGGACUGACAUUAUGUGUCUAUCUAAUAUCGAUGAGUGCGCGAGUGGCCCAUGCCAAAAUGGCGGUACGUGCGACGAUGAGGUAAAUGGCUACACAUGCAUGUGUUCCGUAGGUGCAAAGGGUACAAACUGCGAGACACUUGUGGACGCCUGUAUGAGUGACCCUUGCGCAAACGGAUCUACCUGCGUCAAUUCCAGAGCUGACUACAUCUGUGAAUGCGCACCGGGCUUUGAAGGGGAUCUUUGUGACUUGGGUAAGAUAUAAAACAUGUUAAAUAGGUAAAAUCAGGGUGUCACCGAAGGGGGGCGGGGGUAGGGAUGAGACGCAAGUCUCUGCAAAACAUUGUCGGAAGUUGUAGCUUUGAAAUUUUGUUUCUGCUUUUGAAUUUGGAGUUUGGAGUAUUCUUCUUCUUCCUCAUUUUCCUCCAUAUCUUCCUGCUCCGCCACCCCUUCCUCUUCUUCUGUUGCACCAUUUUCUCCUCCUUCUUCUUA